CUCGGAGGCGGCCCGGGAUGGCGGCAGAGGCGGGCGGCGCGGCGGAGAAGCGGCGGAUCCUGUGCGUGGGGCUGGUGUGCCUGGACAUCAUCAGCGUGGUGGAGGCCUUCCCAGCCGAGGACUCGGACACCAGGUGCGUGUCUCAGCGCUGGCAGCGCGGCGGGAACGCCUCCAACUCCUGCACGGUGCUGUCCCUGCUGGGAGCGCCCUGCGCCUUCAUGGGCUCGCUGACCCCCGGGCCCGCCGCUGACUUCAUCGCGGCGGAUUUCCAUCGCCGGGGGGUGGACACGGCGCCCGUGGCGUGGCAGCCCCGCGGAGCCGUGCCCUGCGCCGUCUGCCUCGUCAACGCCGCCAGCGGCUCCCGCACCAUCGUCCUGCACGACACGAACCUGCCUGACGUGACAGCCCGCGACUUCGAGCGGGUCGACCUCUCCCAAUACAGGUGGAUCCACUUCGAGGUGAGCCCGAGGCUCAGCGGGCUCUAG